GAACGCUCCUCUGAAACCCGGGGGUGAAAUAAUCCUCGGAGGCAGCGACCCAGCCUACUACACCGGAGACUUCCACUACCUGAACGUCAGCCAGAGCGGCUAGUGGCACUUUUGGCAGAUCAGCAUGAAGGGUGUGUACGUAGGGGCUGAAAUCCUGUUCUGCAAGGAAGGCUGUUUGGUGGCUGUCGACACGGGAGCAUCCUACAUCACCGGCCCAGCCGGCCCCAUCUCCGUGCUGAUGAAAGCCAUCGGUGCAGCAGAAAUGGCCGAAGGAGAGUACGUGGUGGACUGUGACCGAGUCCCUCAACUGCCCAACAUCUCCUUCCACCUGGGCGGGAAGCCCUAUGUGCUCAGCGGCUCAGCCUACAUCCUUCGGCAAUCCCAGUUCGGGGAAGACAUCUGCGUGGUGGCUUUCUCGGGGCUGGAUAUCCCACCCCCGGCCGGUCCCCUCUGGAUCCUGGGUGCCAGCUUCAUCGGGCACUACUACACCAAAUUUGACCGGCGCAACAACCGCAUCGGCUUUGCCACGGCCCGCUGA